UUGCAAAACACACUAGAAAGUUAUCGAAGUUUCAUAUAUCAUCGUUGUUGAUCCCGUGAUAGUGUCUAAACGAAGACUAUAUAAGAAAAUCAUUGAAUAAUUGUCUUAACUACUAGACGGUCUAUAGACGGCAUUUUGCAAUCCGUCGUCAUGUCCGGUGACGAAAGCAAUGAUGAUGGCAACACAGACAAAGAAAACCACAACACAGCUGUGUGCUUGGCUUCAGAGUCUGAAACUGAAAAUGAAGAAAAUGAGGAAUUGUUUGCUCAGAACUUGGGAGCAUCUGCUGGCGAUGUCAAGUCAAAGGCAGUUGUAAAAUAUUCAAGUGUAAGGACACCAGCCAAGUUUUGCGAACUUCAGAGUAACACUGAUUUGAAUAACCCUCCAUCCAACUGGUUGCGGAGACAGGGUGCAAAGUUUGGUGUUAAAGGAACAUGGACAAUUCGCAAUGGGCCAACAGAGUUUUCUAGUUUGUCCAUUGCAAACACAUUUCCAGACUCGAUUGGACAAGUAGAUGUGAUCAGUGAUGCAGAGAACAUCAAGAAACUUUUGAAGAUGCCGUACAAUGACUCUCACAUGAGCAUGAUGGUUCACAGAGUUCAUCGUACUCUAUUGCUCGACGACUUUGACAUACAUCGCCAUCUGUUGAGGACAUCUGAAACAGAGUGGAAAUGGCUACGGCGAUUCUUUUACGAACAGCAUAUAGGUAUUGAUCGACCCGAUAAUAGCAGAGGUAGUCUUCAAAAUAGGAGUAUGUUCUCCAAGUUCCUCUACCACAGUUUGGCAGAUGCCAAUGUGGAUGACUCAUUGUCACCAGAGCCAAGGCACCGAUCCAAUUCCUUACCUGACCGCUACCACUCGGUGCUUUCUCCAGAAACUCAUUGCCAUCCACAGGCACACAUCUCAAGGACACGGGAAUCAUCAAAUAAAGAUUCAAAAAAGUCAGAGUUCCUGAGAAAUGUUCUAUGGACUUUUGAGGACAUUAACAUGUUGAUAGGCACGGACAUGCCCAUAUUUGGUGGUGGCACUCGUCCUGCAGUUAGCCUCAGGCUUCGGGAUAUGGGGAAGCCUAUUAAUGUACUUACUGGGAUGGACUACUGGUUGGACAACCUCAUGUGCAACGUGCCUGAGCUUGCUAUGUGCUACCACAUUGAUGGCAUCGUGCAGUAUUAUGAGUUGAUGAAGACAGAGGAUAUUCCUAAUUUGAAGGAGUCAAAGUUCUCUCCCAUUGUUGUGAAAGACAUCGCACAAAAUAUUCUGUCGUUUCUCAAGUCAAAUGCUGCUAAGGAGGGUCACACAUAUUGGCUUUUCAAAGGCAGCAACGAUGACAUAGUGAAGCUCUACGACCUGACGACGCUGUGCGGCGCCGACACGGACGCUCAGCGGCGGGAGGGGCAGCGGGCGGAGGAGGAGGAGGAGGAGCAGGUGGAAGAGGAGAACCCGUUCACGGUGCCCGUCGCGAUGCUGCUCUACCGCGUCGCGCGCAACAUGGCGGCGGCGCCCGAUGGCCGCAGCCACACGAGUGACAUCUGCAAGCUGCUGCGCAACUGUAUCCGUCUGCUGCAGAGCGACGGACGGCACGCGGACAAGUCGGAGAUAAUCGCUUCUGCAAACUAUAUGUUGUCGGACUUCCUCUUGCCAGCUGAGGGAUACCUGAACAACAAGCAGAAAGAAUCUGGAACAGGUUCUGCUGGGGAGGAGCCUUCCAUCGUUGUCUACAAGGAUAUCAGCGAUGAAGAUAGCAACUAUCACUUGCGUCAGGCAGACAUCAGUGUGACAGUCAAGGCUUUAUGCAUGCCUGACCAGCCGACGUUUGCUGAUCAGGAGUCAGAGCGACCACAGUACAUGUACGAGAGCUUGGAGGACCGUUGCCUGGCCGCUCUCAAAUACAUCGCACAGGGCCUGACCUACGUGGAGAAGAGCUCAUGGAGCCGGCAGGACACGGUGAAUCCCCACUUCCCGAUACCGCUACCGUACGAGUCUCUCGCGUCCCCGCGCACAAAUUCGCCCGUGCCGGAGUCAAGCCUUGAGAGUCGUGUUGCCACGAGCGACCCGAUCCAGGAGAGAGUUGCUGUGAGGUCUCCGCUUUCAGACGGGCCGCCACCUAACUCCUGGCAGUAUCAGCUGAAAGUGCUCCUACUUCACAAAGCCACCGUUGCAUGGCAUACCCUAGCGGAGUCUGCUAGCUCACUUAACAAAUUUGGCCGUGCCCUAAAAUACAUCAAGUUGGCCUUGACUUGUCUAGAGGUGGCAAGAGCGCUGUGCAGCGCCAUCGUUCUCAUGAGCGUGUGUUAA